AUGACUGGCGAUACCACUAAAAUGGUUUUGGACUACAAGAACAAGUUUAUUCUUCUUAUUACUAACACGGUGCCAUUUCAUAUAGUCAUCAAACAUGGUGAGAUUGUCAAAUCACCGGCAUUCUCGCUACUGGAAGGUACCAAUGCUCUGGAGGUAUUGAACUCAAAAUUGGACACAGGCAUAAUAGAGCUCACUGCGAGUGAGGCAAACUUCGAUGUGACUCUGCCGAGAGAUGUUGACUCGGUUUGUUCGAUUUUCAACGAGAUAUUGAAAUCUCUGGCGACUUGGCUGGACAACAGCUCUCUCUCCAUCACGCUUCUGUCCUGUCGAUAUGUCGAAGAACUGCAAGUGAAUUGCACCAAAUAUGGCAUAUCAGAUAUCAACCAGCUAGGGUUCUUUCCCCCAAAAGAGCAAGCACAAAUAUCACCAGAUGAGAGUGAUGAAUAUCUCCUGGUGCACAAAGUGCUGAGAGCGUACACCAUAGGUAUUUCCAAGUUUGUAAAUUUCGUGCUCACUUUGGGCCAAGCAGGUGUGAUAUACAACGACGAAGACCUCAACGUUCAAACAAUGGACUUGGACUACUGCAAUAAGAUUGAGAUGAUUGACGUAAUUGACCUGGUUGAUGAGGCUUCUGAAUGGCUAGGCACCCAUGAGGCAGAAGGCUAUGCCGUUUUGAUUCAGUUCAUGCAUCUCUUGAGUACGUUGUUGAGCAUUCCAUCUGUUCUUUCGAGAAGACUGGAGCUCUAUCUUCCUGAAAACUCGAGACUUGAUCUGUCUUUCCUGGAGCUAGGAGAGCAGAUAGCUCUGGAUCUUCAGAAAAACGCAGAUUUCUUCGAGGCUCUUCCCAAGGUUGAGGGGUGUUUCUCUGUUGGAGCCCAGAAAAGGCUCAGCAACAGAUCACCACCAAAGCCAUUGACAAUGGACUCGCACGCGCUGGCAUACUCCGAGUUAGCCAGACUGUUCAAAGACACGAAACGAGCAAUGAGCGUGGUCAAUGUCCAAAACAUUGGACAACUCCAGAUGUUCAAUCUCUUUUUCAUGAACCAAAGAGCAACUCAGGCAGACGAGGACGAUCAGCCUACAAACCAUGUUGUCGCCCGUGCUGUAUUGCAACUAUUCUUUAUUAGAGACGAUAAGACAAUCAUGGGUGGUUCCAAGACUCUUACUGAUCUGUUGAUUGAUGAUAUGAAGUUCCUUUGCUGUUGUGGAGCCCCAAGUUUGAAAUAUCUCGCUAGUGUUAAUCCAGAUUUGUCAUUGGAGGACCAGUCCAAACUGCCUGUUAUCAGCUCCAUGGUUCUUGAGCUGAUUGGUCAAUUACAGGGCCCUUAUUUCAUGCAAUUCACAACAAUAUCGCAAAACUCGGCCCGACAGCGUCAACACUUCUGCAAGUCUAUAUUGGCUUGGGAUACCCUACACGUGAUGGCGGAGAAGCUUGAAAUUGAUCUCCAUGAGGAGUACCAGAUAUACGAUUGUUUCAAGUCUGAAGAUGGAACCAACCAGGAGGCUAUGCUGCCAAUAUCUUCCUGGGUGUAUUUUUACAAGUUGAAGGCAAUGCUGGAGAUUGUGCUGAGAGGAAUCGAAUUGGGUGUUUACAAGGCGUGGGAGUUGCAAGCAGCCUACUGGUACGCUGCGUACCUCAAUGAUUUCCUUGAUGCUCACAUAUCAAGGUUGCAGAAGAUCAACAAGUCCCGGAUGGACACUAUUUUGAGCAUACCGAAGAGACUCAAAAAGCUCAAGGCUGGUGAGAAGAAGCAGAAGCUCAAGGCUGCAUAUCAGGAUAAGAUGGAGGCCGAAUUUCCACUAUUGCAACAGACAUUCGAGAGACUUAAGUAUCUUCAAUUUGAGAGUAAUAUCUCAAGACUCAUGAUGGAGAGGCAAAGGGCAGCUCUCUCCAUAUUCCAUGCUCUUGAUCUGUUGAAAUUCCCCAAACAGGCCAGAGCUUCGGAGGCCAUGCUGUUUGCCCUACAAAUGAAACCUUUUGCCUCGGUUGGGGUUCCAGCCCCUCCCAACUAUGGCGAUUUCAAUGCUGAGAGAUCUGAGAUCACAACGACUCUCAAGAACGAAUUGAAGUCCAAUGCAACUUUGAUUGCUAUCACGAGAUACUUCCAACACAUACAGGAUAUCGGCGAGAAGGCCGGCUCUUUGAUACAGUAUGUGGUAAAGGGUAUUGAAUCUGGUGAUAUGGACGGUGACAGUUUUGCCCUGUGCAAGUCAGAAUCUAUCCAGUGGUAUAGAGACCUUGAAGCUUCCAAUAAUACCCAAACAAUUGUGAUGAAGGUGCUACAGAGAAAGCUUCAGGACAAGGCCUUUGUUAAGCAAUGUUUGGCUGGUGAGAAACGAAUUGAGAUCACGAGAAAGGGGUACCACAGGCACUAUCCUAUUUGUAAGAUUGCAUGA